AACUGAUGAGGAACAAAAAAACGAACUAUUGAGAGUCCUUUCCAAAAUGACAAGAGUGUACACCACAAAAGACUACAACGAAACAAAGACAUCACGUCAGCAUGGGCCGUCAUCUGAACAUAAUGCUUAUCGGGAAGACCGGCAAUGGCAAGAGUGCCACUGGCAAUACCAUCAUCGGGAGGGACGUCUUCGACGACUCAGACAGCGCCACUUCCGCCACCAAUCGUGUCAUCUCAGCCUCGGCACAGGUCGGAAACUUGACCGUGACUGUGGUGGACACACCCGGGAUGAGAGACACGAGGUUUUACGACCCUUCCACAGAAACAGCCAAGUCAAUCGAUUACACGAAUGACGCCUUGGACGAUUGUUCAGGGGAAAUACACGCAUUUCUUCUCGUGUUGAAGUACGGGAGUCGUUUUUCCGACGAAGAAGUUGGUGUGGUUCGGGAUUGGACGAGGUCGGGUCAUGGAAAAGACGUCCUGGAUCGCUGUAUCGUUGUCUUCACGCAUGGUGAUGAUUUUAGGCACAGAUAUGGAAACAACGAGGCACGCUUCGAGCAGUGGACUUGCGAACAGGACGGUGCUCUUGGGCAACUCCUUAGGAGUGUUGACUACAGGUGCGUGCUGUUUGACAAUGUGAGGGCUGACUCUCAAACACAAAACCGGCAGAUCAAUAUCACGCUGAAUAUGGCGAACAAGAACAACCAAAACAAAGGCUCUUUCACUAAACAGCUUCUUGUACAUAUCGUGAAAACAGUCGUGAAGACGGCAUUAGCUGCUGCUGUAUCGUUCCUGUGCACCAUUCUCUAAGGUUUUUAGUUUUAGGAAGGGUUUUAUGGCACUUGCAACACAAUAAGGUCAUAUAAGUGUCAAGUCUCUAAGGUUUACCAGGAAUCAUUGACGCCAUCGUUUUUAUUGUUGUUGCUGUUGUUGAUAUUAUGGUGACCGUGGUGGUCGUUGUUAUCAAUGUUGUAGUGUUGUAAAUUAAUGAGAGGCAGCGUGGUGGAAUCAGGCUCUCGUCAAAAUAAUCAAAGUGAAGAAACUGGCAUUUUUCUGCACAUUU